AUGAGGAAAUUUAUAGUGGUCACUGAUCACAAGCCACUGGUAUGGUUCAAAACUGCUAAAGAUGGGAAUGCGCGAAUUCUCAAAUGGCGGUUACGCCUAGCGGAGUACGAUUAUACAGUUAUCUAUAAACCGGGUAAAAUUAAUUUAAACGCCGACGCGUUAUCCAAGAAUCCGGUUGAAAAAGUAACGGUGAACACGCGUGCCCAAAAGGCAAGGGAAGAGUUAUCAAAAACUUACGAACCUAAUACAGAAGUUCCUAACACUUCUACGCGGUUCAAUACAGAAGUUCCUAACACUUCUACGCGGUUCAAUACAGAAGUUCCUAACACUUCUACGCGGUUCAAUACAGAAGUUCCUAACACUUCUACGCGGUUCAAUACAGAAGUUCCUAACACUUCUAUGCGAUUUAAUACAGAAGUUCCUAACACUUCUAUGCAAUUUCAUACAGAAGUUCCUAACACUUCUAUGCGGUUUAAUACAGAAUUUCCUAACACUUCUACCAGUUCUAAUACAGAAGUUCCUAACACUUCUAUACAAUCUAAUACCGAAGUUCCUAAUACUUUUAUACAAUCUAACACAGAGGUUCCAAACACUUCUAUUAGAUCCGAUAAACGUCGGGAACCUCCUCGUCGGAAAAGGGGCAGACCCCCGAAACCCCGCGAAAUAACUCACGAGGAAACUGAUCCGGACAAUUCACGAGGAAAUGAGCGGACAAAUUUAUUAAAAACGUAA